GGGUCGGUGCGCAAGGGUGGACGCGGAGGGGUUCCGGGCCAGCUAGAUUGAAGGGCGUGAGAAAGCUGGGAAGUGAACUCUAAGAGGAUCCCUUGCUCCCUGAGGAGGAGAAAACCGGCUACACCUGGCCGGAAGACCGCGCUCUGCGAAGAUGGCGGGGCCGGAGCUGCUGCUCGAUUCCAACAUCCGCCUCUGGGUGGUCCUGCCUAUCGUUAUCAUCACCUUCUUCGUGGGCAUGAUCCGCCACUACGUGUCCAUCCUGCUGCAGAGCGACAAGAAGCUCACCCAGGAACAAGUCUCCGACAGUCAAGUUCUAAUUCGAAGCAGAGUCCUCAGGGAAAAUGGAAAAUACAUUCCCAAACAGUCUUUCUUAACACGAAAAUACUACUUCAACAACCCAGAGGAUGGAUUUUUCAAAAAAACUAAAAGGAAGGUGGUGCCUCCUUCUCCUAUGACUGAUCCCACGAUGCUCACAGACAUGAUGAAAGGCAACGUGACAAAUGUCCUCCCUAUGAUUCUCAUCGGCGGAUGGAUCAACAUGACAUUCUCAGGCUUUGUCACAACCAAGGUCCCAUUUCCACUGACCCUCCGUUUUAAGCCUAUGCUGCAGCAAGGAAUUGAACUACUCACAUUAGAUGCAUCCUGGGUGAGUUCUGCAUCCUGGUAUUUCCUCAACGUCUUUGGGCUUCGGAGCAUUUACUCUUUGAUCCUGGGCCAAGAUAAUGCCGCGGACCAGUCCCGGAUGAUGCAGGAGCAGAUGACAGGCGCAGCCAUGGCCAUGCCUGCGGACACCAACAAGGCUUUCAAGACAGAGUGGGAAGCUUUGGAGUUGACAGAUCACCAGUGGGCGCUAGAUGAUGUCGAAGAAGAGCUCAUGGCCAAAGACCUCCACUUCGAAGGCAUGUUCAAAAAGGAAUUACAGACCUCUAUUUUUUGAAGCCGAAGCAGGGAUUAGCUGUGUCAGGAACUCGGAAUAGCGUUUAACCUUGUAACUUUUGUUUUGAACUGGACCCUCUCAGAAUAAAAAGGAGGAUACAUGAGCUGGUGGGUAUGCAGUAAGGGUUGUUCUUGUCUGAGCCAGGUUCCCCUUUCUAUUUGAACUACAGGAAAUAGGAGUGUGUGCUGGGUGACUUAACCCAGAAACAGCUAUCUUUAAAAUGUUUUAAAUUUUCCUUCUGGUGACUCUAGUAAUGAAAGUCAGAGAAAGGGGAAAAAAAUCAAGCCAGUGAUAAAAUAUAAAACUUAGCAAAAUUCUGUCUUUGGAAAAGGCACUGUCACUUAUACCUAAUUAUCAUGUGCAGUCAGCCUAAUUUCUAACCACAGUGAACUCCUGUUCUCUUGGGAUACAACACCCUGCAUUUUAUCUUUAAUUUUUUGGUAGUAUUUUUAUAUCUAUCUUUACACAAAUAAUACAUUUUCAUUACUGAAAAUUUAUGAACUGUGGGUGAGCAAAGUGAAGCUGCCUGUGUUACUCAUUUUGAGCCAGCAGGAUGUCAUAAAGAGCAAACGUGUCAAAACUUUAUUCAAAUGAACUCUUUUCAGAGUGAAUACCCAGGGCCAGGGUAUUAGCCAACCUCUAUAGGUCUUAAUACUGUCCAGUGAAAAUCGGUGACCCUGAGACACUGCCUGAUUCUUAAGUGCCUUUGGGAUCAUCGAAGACAGGUCAGAUAAUGCAAGGUCUUCAUGUGGAGUUCAGAAUAUAUCCAAUCCAUUGACAAAUCAGUGGUCCUGUACUGAGUAUAUGGCUACUCAGUUGAAUGAAAGACCUAAUUUCCCAGUUACUCUGGAUAAGAGAGUUUACAUAUAGCUGUCAGAAGGGAGAGAGGGCAAUUGCUGGCAGACACAUAGUUAAAGGGCUGCCCAGGAAUAAUUCUGUCUGGAUUAACUGUCCCAGGGAAGUGGCACAGUGCCAUUUCUGUACCAAGAGGCAAAUGUAAUUUGCAUGUUGAACACUGUAAUCACAAACAACUCUUGACUCUAUAAAUUAAACCAUCCUGUUUUCUCUUC